AUGUGCCCCCAGGCCCCUCCGAAGUCUCCCUACCCUAUGUCAUCACCACCCGCGAAUACCUCCUCUCUACGCCUUAGAAGUCUGAAUUACUUCGAUUCAUGUUUCAAGCUUUUACUUUACGCAUAUCGUGCCCACCGCCACCGACAUCAUUUCUUUCAUCUUGAAGAACCCGCCAGGGUUUAUGCAUAUCAUCGGUCGUCAGAUACCUCUUCGCUAAUUGUCCCUAGCAGACUGCAUGACCAGAUUUUCUUGACUACUAUGGAGGGUAUCUUUGACUACUAG